AGUGUCACCAUGUCAGUGUGGAUGAAACCUGGACAUUACAGCCAUGAUUACCACCACAAACACAGCGCAUAUGUGGUUAAAGAGUACUGCAGCUCUGAGGCGGCGGAGGAUUAUUCUUACAAAUCAGACUUUCGCAUCCAGGGAGUGGUAAAGAAGAAGAUGGUGGAGAAGUAUGUUCGUGAGGAGUCGAUGAUCAGGGGACCAAAGUUCCUGGUCAGAAUCAGAUCCCACACUGUGUAUGAAAAUACUUCAGUAAAACUCUUCUGUACCGUCGAGGGCUUCCCAUUGCCUGUUGUGAAAUGGUAUAAAGAUGGUGUCAUCCUGGAUGUUUCCUCUGGAAAAUACCUGAUUGAAGACAACAUUGGUAUCCACUCUCUGGAGAUCCCCAAGUGUUCAACAGAUGAUACAGCCCAGUACACUGUUGUGGCUUCCAACGUCCAUGGACAGGCCUCUUCUCAAGCCUCUGUUAUUGUCAAGAGGUUUAAGCAGGAGGAGGAGUCCAGUGGAUACUCAUGGCUGCCUUUCACCGCUGCCAUGCUUCCUCAGAUCCAUUACACCAAAAUCCACAUUACUUUUCUGGAAAAGUUUGGCCCAGUGUUUGCUUCUGAGGGAGGAUCUGUUUCUCUGACUGCUACCAUGACUCUCAACCCUAACCUGGCCAAUCUGCAACCUGAGGCCCAGUGGUACAGAGAUGAUACUCGUCUGUCUGAUUCCAAAUGGGUGAAGAUUGAGACUGGCAGAGGUGUCACCACCUUGACUCUUCCUCACCUCUACAAAGACGAUGAAGGCCUCUACACACUGCGUAUGGUCACAAAGGGGGGCAUCGCUGAACACAGCGCAUUUGUCUCUGUUGCAGAUGGUCCACCCCCAGUCCCUGGUGCCCCUGGUGCUCCUAUGGACAUCAAGAUUCAUGACGCCAACAGAGACUAUGUCAUUGUGUCCUGGAAGCCUCCUAACACCACCACAGAGGGUCCGAUCUUGGGAUAUUUUGUAGACAAAUGUGAGGUUGGAACAGAAAAUUGGACCCAGUGCAAUGAUCACCCAAUAAAGAUUUGUAAAUACCCAGUGUCUGGGCUGUUUGAGGGACACUCCUACUACUUCAGAGUCCGAGCUGUCAACUCCCAUGGAAUCAGUAAACCAUCCCGCAUGUCCGAUCCCAUCGCUGCUCUGGAUCCCACUGAGUUUGAGAGGCUUCAUGCCAAGAAACUGGGAGGAAAACUGGAUGUGGUGUCUUACCAUGAUGACCUGGAAGCUGAGGGCAAGCCCCCAGGUGCUCCAUCAGGAAUGUAUGCCUCAGAAACAGACAGGACAUAUGUUGUUCUGAGCUGGAAAGCCCCAGCAUAUUCCAGCAGGGCUCCCAUGUGGUACUACAUAGAAAAGUCCAUGGCAGGCAGUGGUGCGUGGCAGCGUAUUAACACUCAGGUCCCUGUGCGAUCCCCACGUUAUGCCGCCUUUGACCUGGCAGAGGGCAAAGAAUACCAGUUCAGAGUUUUGUCUGCCAACAUGUAUGGAACUAGUGAGCCAUCUGAACCAACUGGACCAAUUCAGACUGAGGAACUCAAAGGUGUGCCAUCAGCUCCCGGUCAGGUGAUUUCUACAAGGGAAACAGACACCUCUGUCCUCAUCCAGUGGGCUCCACCAAAGGAACCUAACAAUCUGAUUGGCUACUACAUUGACCAGUGUGUGAAGGGAUCCAAGGACUGGACCUCAGCCAACCAUAAACCUCACAAGAGCACCAAGUUUGUGGUCAGUGGGCUUACCACAGGAGAAACCUAUAUCUUCAGAGUCCAGGCCAUUAACGAGCUUGGUCUCAGUGAUGAAUCCCAGGAGUCCGCACCACUGUCUGUCAAGGCUGCCCUCAAGCCCCCCUCUGCUCCAUAUACCAUUGCACUGUUGAACUGCGAUGGCCAUUCCAUGGUUCUGAACUGGCAGAAGCCUCUUCACUCAGGAGGGGCAAAGAUCAAGGAGUAUUAUGUUGACAAGAGACGCGCUGGAACAACCAUGUGGAGGGAGAUUAACAUCCCACCACUUACAGAAAGAGUUUAUAAGGUGGAGGGCUUGACAGAAGGAGCAGUCUAUCAGUUCCAGGUGUAUGCAGCCAAUAUAGCUGGCCUGGGACCAGCUUCUCGACAUUCAGCUGACUACACCUGUGAGGCCUGGAACAUGCCAGAACCUGGCCCUGCCUAUGACCUGACGUUCUGUGAAGUGAGAGAUGAUUCAUUGGUGGUUGAGUGGCAGAAGCCUCACUACACUGGAUCUGGACCAAUCACAGGUUAUCAAGUGGAGUAUGCCAAGCAGGGCACCUCUAACUGGAUCACAGCCAAUGAAACUGCUGUCAGCCACCGUUUCCUCAAGGUAACAAGUCUUGAGGUGGGCACCAACUAUGUGUUCCGUGUGCGAGCAGUCAAUGCUGCAGGGACUGGUAUGGCCUCCAUGUCCUCGGACGCUGUGGUUGCCAAGGCCGUGCCAGGUGCCCAGGAGAUGUCCUGUGAGGUGGAGCAGAAGACAGGUGACAUCGUUUUCUCAUUUGAGUCCUGCCAAAUGAGUGAGGAAUCUCACUUUGUCUGGAAGAAAAAUUAUAAAGAAAUCACCGACUUCUCCAAAGGAAUAGUGAUCAAGACAGAAGGCAGCCACACUAAGCUGAUCUUUAAGAAUGCAGAUAAGGAGGACUUUGGGACAUACUCUGUUUCUGUCACCAACACAGACGGAGUGUCAGCCAGCCACACAAUCUCCGCUGAAGAGCUGGAGAAGAUGCUGGCACUGAGUUACGAUAUCAGACACCCAGUCAUUCCUCUGAAGUCGGAGUUGUCCUAUAAGAUCUUGGAGAGAGGCAGAAUGAGGUUCUGGCUCCAGGCUGAAGAGAUCUCAUCCAACGUCACCUACAAGUUCUUUGCCAAUGACAAGGAACUAUCUGGAGCUGCUCCCAAUCACAUGGGUCACGAUGUGUCUACUGGUGUUAUUGAGUUCAUCAUGGAUCAUUUCACUGAGGAGAAUGAAGGAACCUUCACCUGCCAGAUCACAGACGGAGGCGGCAAAGCACAGAGUUCAUUGGUUCUUAUUGGAAAUGCCUUCAAGGAAGCGCUGGCUGAGGCUGACUACCAGAGGAGAGAGUACAUCAGAGUCAAGGAGGGCCCCCACUUCAGUGAGUUCCUGUCAGUUCAGGUUGGAGAUGACUGCUCUGUCACUCUGGUCUGCAAGGUUGCUAACUUGAAGAAGGAAUCUGAAUUCCAUUGGUAUAGAGAAGACACAGAGAUAAUCCCUGAUGUGAAACCUGACCUGGGAUCAGGAGUCUGUAAACUGCCAAUUAAACUGUUUUCAAUGAAGACAGCAGGAAUAUAUAAGGCUACCAUCAGUGAUGACAGAGGAAAGGAUAUGAGCCAAAUUGACAUCUCUGGAAAAGUCUUUGACGAUGUGAUAAACAAGUUCAACCACCUGGCAGGCUCCAGUGCAGCAGACCUGGUGAUUAGCUGCACAGCAACAGGCAUUCAGCUGCAAUGUCACAUGAAGUAUUACACCUCAGAGAUGAACAUCACCUGGCUUCACGGUGAAUCUAAGCUCUCCCACAGUGACAAGAUUGUGAUUGGAGGAACCCCUGCUAUGGCAACGAUGGAGGUGAUUGAGCCUACAGAGAGAGACAAAGGAAUGUACUCUAUUAUCAUCACUGACCUUGAAAACUCAUACAAGCGCACACUGGAACUCAGCGGCGAUGUUUAUGAGAAAGCCUACGCAGAGUUCCAGAAACUCAAGGCUGAGGCGUACGCCGAGAAGAACCGCGGUAAGGUGGUUGGAGGAUUGCCUGAUGUUGUCACCAUUAUGGAAAAGAAGACCCUGAGUCUGACGUGCACGGUGUGUGGAGACCCCAGGCCUCAGGUGUCAUGGUUGAAGAACGGAGCAGACGUCGAAGCUGAUGAUCAGCACGCGAUAUCCCUGGACCAAGGAAAGUUUGCCAGCUUGACGAUCAAAGGCGUUUCCAUGGAUGAUUCUGGCAGAUAUACCAUGAUCGUCCAGAACAAGUACGGAGGGGAGUCUGUGGACAUCGUGGUCAGUGUAUAUCGCCAUGGAGAGAAAAUUCCUGAGGCAAAACCAACUCUGACCCCUAAAACCAUCAUCCCUCCCAAACUCCCCAUUGAGAUGCCUCAGCCUAAGACUGCUCCUAGCCCCGCCCCUUCCUCUCCUAGCCCCGCCCCUCCUAAGAGUCCAGCUCCAGGGAGGGGGGUGAAGAGCCCCACUCCCACCAGGAGGAAGUAGGCAGGACAGA